GAAUUGGUGCUAUAGUUCAUAGACAAACAUAUUCAACAAUUGAUUUUGAUAAAACCAGUUAAAUAGCAUCCCAUAUAUUGGUGAAUUCGUAUGAUAGUUUAUAGAUAAACAUAUUCAAAUAUAUUAAUUCUUGCAAAAUUAACUCUUUAAUUACUGCUUUUAUUUUCCAAGUAUUUAGUAACUUUUUAAAGAUAAAUCGACUGUAUGACUAACACCUAACGCAAUCUCAAAACAUAAAUUCUCUGAUCUUAAAGUUAAUAUAAAAAAUAAGAUGAUUAUUGCCAGUCUGAUAAUUUUUGUUCCUUUUCAAUCAAAGUCAACUCCUAAUAAAAGCUGGAAAAUUCAAAAAAAAAUUACCAAUAAUAUGACUUGGGUUGUUGUAGUUUGCUAAAAAAAGUUGCUAAAAAUAACUUCUCAAAAUGGUAUAGAUUCUAAAAGGUCUUUAACACAAUUGGGCUAAAAGAAAGCUCAUAUUGGGCCUAUAAGAAAGCCAUUAUUGGGCCUAUAAAAAAGCCAUAUUCAAGCUCAAAGUAUCCGCGAAAGUGUAGCCGAUCUCAAUAUCCGUCUCUGCAUUAGCUCCCUUGUCGUCUCCUUAAACGCUCGUUGCAUCUCUGGAAAAUUUUCCGCUAGAAGAGAUCUUCGAUUCAAGCUCUACAAUGUACAAUUGAGCUCAAAGUUUAUUCCUUUUUUCAUUUUUCUUUCCUAAUUGGAAUCCAAGGAGAUAAUGUCAAGCAAGGUAUGGAGAUGGGUAUUGGGUCUGAUCUAUAUACUCGCUGUUGCCAUGAUUUGGAUUGCUGCCAGCUUCGUAGUCCAAUCUGUGGUAGACGCCGGCGUUUCCCCGUUCUUGAUCACUUUCAUCUGCAACUCAUUGUUCGUCGUUUACCUUCCUCUCUUCGAAAUCGGUCGGUAUUUAGAAGAUGCGUAUGGGAGUAUACUGUUUUGGAGAAGCAAAAGGUCUCAUUUGCUUGAGUUGGUUGAGUCAGAGAAGGAUGUUUUGCUUGGAGGAGGUGGUGUGGUGGUGUCAUCAGAUGUGUCUGAAGGAUCAGGUGUUGUUGUUAGAGAAGAGGAGGGAGAUGGUAGUGGGAUUGAAUCUGGUGUGGAAAGUGUAGAGCUUGAUGGUAGUGGUGAGAUUUGUGCUAAAGGGUUAGAUGAGAAGGGACGUUGGACAAGGAUGCGUGUUGCUAAAGUAAGCCUUGUGAUAUGUCCGUUUUGGUUCUUGGCGCAGCUCACUUUCAAUCUCUCUCUCAAGUACACAACUGUCACGUCAAAUACAAUCUUAAGCAGCUCGUCAAGCCUAUUCACUUUUCUUGUGUCAUUAAUAUUCUUGGGAGAGAAGUUCACGUGGGUGAAACUCUUCAGCGUUCUUCUUUGUAUGUCUGGGACUAUAAUUGUGAGUUUGGGUGACUCAGAAUCCAACUCAACUGCGACGGCUAAAAACCCUCUUCUGGGAGAUGUUCUUUCGCUUCUCUCGGCGGCUUUUUACGCUGUUUACAUCACUCUUAUACGCAAAAAGCUUCCAGAUGAUGAUGAAAAGAACGGCCGUUUCAGUAUGGCUCAGCUUCUUGGGUUUCUAGGUCUCUUUAACUUCUUCAUCUUCCUACCUGUUGCUCUGAUACUCAACUUUACAAAGAGAGAACGCUUCAACUCACUCACCUUGAAACAGUUGGGUCUGGUGGUUGGUAAAGGUUUGUUAGAUAAUGUACUCAGUGACUAUCUAUGGGCAAAGGCAGUACUUUUGACGACAACCACAGUGGCAACGGCUGGGCUAACCAUUCAGGUUCCAUUGGCAGCCAUUGUAGACACCUUAGCAGGGAACAAACCAAGCUUCACCGACUACAUUGGUGCUGCAGCUGUAAUGGUUGGCUUUGCAGGCAUCAAUAUUCCUGCAGAGAUGUUUUGUAGAUCCAAAGAGACAUCUAUUGAGUUGGAACCUGGUACUUCGUUCACAGAUCCUCCUCAGGUUGUGUCGGAUAGCAUACGAGUAGAUUCUUCAGAGACCCUAGCGUCAUAAUUGUUUCAUACUCUAAUGUCCAUGGUGCUUAUAUCGUUUUGCUCUCUUGUUUUCUGAUAACUUUUUUCUUUUUUUGGUUGUGAUUUAGUCUGUAAAUCGUUGAACAUUGAUAUACGAAUGUAGCAGGAAAUAUAGUAAUAAAAUUGUCUGAGAUCA